UUGUGUUAGUGUGAGAGAAGAGCGGCGUAUUUAUUUGUUUGUGACAAAACUGCCUAAACUAAUAUUUUUUGAACGAGUUAAUAUUCAAGGCUGCUUUGAUAGAAGAAGAAGAAGAAGAAGAAGAAGAAGAAGAAGAAGAAGAAGAAGAAGAGCCACCACAGAGACAGCAGCUCGCUCCCGGAGACGUCCAGACUUGUCAGCAUGGUCGCCACGAGCAAGUUAAAGACCAAGAGCAGCGAACGCAUUUCAGUCGACCGAAGAUAUGACCAGGCUUGCAUUGAGAAAGAACUGGAUUUCUGGGACCACUGCUUGGCCGAGCCCCAGAGGACCGCGGAUGUCACUGAAGACCGAAGCUGUCAACAGCUGGCCAAGAUGUUUGAGAACUGCCUGUCUCGAGCCAAGAAGACGACGCUCCACUGCUCCUCGGUGCUGGUACCAGAGAAGCUCACGCGGCGGAUCGCUCGGGAGGUCCUGCGGCUGGCGUCGUGCGAGCCCUGCGGUCUGCGCGGCUGCAUCCUGUACGUCGACCUGGAGCUGGACAAAGGCUGCAAGCGGCUGGAGCGCAUCAUGUACGACGCCAGCGUGGCGCCCACCUUCGAGCUGACUCUCGUGUUCAAGCAGGACGGCACCGCCUGGCCCAGCCUCCGGGACCUAUUCAUGGGAGCCUGCUUUGCCCCGACUUUUCGGCACGUACUUAAACUGAGUCCAGGUUUCCGGCUGAUCAAGAAGAAACUGUACUCCUCCUCGGCUGGUACCGUGGUAGAGGAGUGCUGAACAAUGGGAGGGAUUGGAUUGGAGAUCCGGUUUCCUGUGGCUAUACGCACCUCUGCCCAAAUGUAAAUGACACUCUGGUGGUGUCAUAUUUUCUACAGUGCUUUUUGUACAAUGCAUUUUGUCUGAAUAACUACGAGUACAGUUCCAAACUAAACUAGUCAGUUCAGUUUGGAACUUGGGAUGUAAAGUUAUAAACUUGUAUGCAAACUGCCUGACAGUUCUGGGUCUGGCUUCUUGUGUGUUUUUUAAAAUUGGCACGAUUGUAAUAUUCUGGAUGUUAAUUGUUUUUGGUUUUUAAACCAGACCAUUUGUAGCUCUAACUCAAUUUUAAAUUGUACAUUUUGUAAAUGAAUGUAAAACGCUGUUCACGUCAAUGCAUUUGAGAGGGACGUACUGUGGGUACACUUUAGUUCAAGACACGAGCGACUUUGUUGACUCGUCUGUUUCCAGAUGUGUUGAAUGUGUCCGGCAGCAGUAAACACACCUGGGCUUGAAGAGGCUGAAAUCUAGUCUUUUGGGGGCCAUAAGUAGCAUGUUGUGUAAUGCUGUGUUCAGGGGCUGCGGGUGAUUUUAAGACUGACCGUCUUAUGGAGAUGCUGCUGUCACCGUGUAUGCUCCUUGCACUUGGGAAAUGUGGUUGCCUUAAAUGUACAUUUUCUUUUCACUCUGAGCUGUGGGUGUAUAAAUGUAAACCGUUUUUAACGCAAUUGUAUUUGUAACCCCCCCCACCCCCUCCUUCCCUCCCCCAGUAUUGCGUCAAUGUCGAGCCUUUCGAGACUAUUAAAAAGAUGUUUCACACAAAGGUAAACGCUUGCUUGAUUUUAUGGAAUUUGUUGACACCGACGGGCCCAGCUUAUACUUUGGGUUUCUGCUGGAUUUCUGUUUUUUAAUACCAUUUUAACUUCCUGUUGAAGGAAAUGUAAGUUGUCUAUUGGACAAUAAACAACCUUAUCCUU